AUGGCGACGGAGAUUGUCAACAGGCAAAAGAAGGCCGUCGGCAUGCGAGUGCUGUGCGCGCUGGACAACUCGGAGGGGUCUGUGCUGGCGCUCCACUUUGUUCUCGACACGCUGUUUAAAGCUGAAGACGGAGACAAGCUCACUCUGUUUCAGGCGGCGGAAAACAUUGACUUGUACUACGACGCAGAGUUCGCGUUCAUGCCAGACAAUAAGCUUGUAGACGCCCAGGAGAAAGUGAACAAGAUAUGCAUGACCCACCUGGAAAAGGUCAAGGCUGCAAUCCAGGAUGAGCCAACAAAGAUACAGACAGAGUUGGUGGUCCUUUCCGGAGACCCCCGGCAGUUGAUUCCACACUACGUUGCCAAGCACCCGGUGGAUUUGGUAGUGGUUGGGACGCGCGGCCGGGGCAGGUUCAAGAGCCUGUUCCUGGGCAGCGUGAGCACCUAUCUUGUGAGCCAGUGCCCUGUCCCAGUACUUGUCGUCCCCAACCCUCAUCAGCUACCCGCCUGA